AUGGAGAAGACUUUGCCGACCAACAUGGCAGAGUUGAAUAGCAGUAGUCUGUUUCCUUCUCGCGAGACUUUGGCCAAGGAAGAGAGUAUAGAUAAUCUGGAUCCUAAGAAUUGGUCCCCAAUGCGCAAGACAGGACUUCUGCUCGCAUUAGUGUUCAGCUCUCUGCUUGCUGAUGGAGCAAUGACUUGGGGCUCGACACUAAUCACUCAGCAAGCAAUCGACUGGAAUAUCACAAUCAAUCACUCAGCGACAAGUAUGAACUAUGGAAUUUUACUGCAAGGAUUCGGUGGUAUAUUUGCAGUUCCAUUAAUCGAGGCCUAUGGACGAUAUCCAAUUUGGCUUUGGUCACAGGUCAUCACAAUGUUCAUGGUACUAGGUGCCACGCUAUCCAACGACUAUUCGACCUUUACCACCUUUCGUUCUCUCCAGGGGUUCUUUGGAACAGUACCACAGGUGGUCGGAUUGCCAAUUAUUCACGACAUGUAUAGUCCAGAUGAAUGGCCCCGCAUGAUCAAUAUAUGGGGAACCACGUUCCUAGUUGGUCCGUUCCUUGGUCCUGCCAUUGCUGGUUAUAUCGGAGCCGCCACGAGCUGGCGUGUUUCUUUCGGUGUUCUUACUGCCCUAUACGGGCUAUCCACAGUCAUAGUUGUCUUGUUCGGGCACGAGACCUACUAUCUAACUGGAAAGCGUGCUGAGCCCAGCCUUGCUUCAUAUUUUGGCUUUAAAGAUACGCAACUCUCAAAGAAGUCUACUCUUGCUUAUUGGACUCGUAGUAUUGUGGUCUACACGUUCAAGAUUCCAUUAUUUCUGAUAGGAAUCGCUGUUCUGGUAACAUUCACCUGGCCUAUUGGAAUCACAACUACUAUCGAUACAUUCCUACAUAGCCCACCUUACAUGUUCGACAUCAUCCAGGCUUCAUCUAUGAGAUUUGCCGGUGUGAUCGGGGCACUUGGAGGGUGGGUAAUUGGUCAUUUACUAAACGAAUGGAUCUACAACCGUCACCGCAACAACUGGUGCGUCGAGUACCGUCUUCACGGAGUAUGGAUUCCCAUUGGCAGCUUAGUCGGUGGUCUUCUCACCUACGGACUUACUCUUAACUUCGCCAAACACUGGAUGGGACUCGCCUUUGGUUGGAUUAUGGUGAAUAUAGGCAUGGUGGCUACUAUUGUUACCAUCACUGCCUACGCUUUGGAAAAAUACCCCGACCAAUCGACUUGCGUGUCUGCUAUCUUAAACAUGUGGCGGACCUGUGGCGGAUUUGCUGUGGGGUAUUUCCAACCAGCAUGGAUCGCUCGGAAUGGAAUCGGUCUCGUAUUUGGGAUUCAGGCCGCUGUUCUCUGUGUCGCCAUUAUCAUGACCGUCACGCCUGUUCUACUGAUGGAUCGAACCAAGUUGCAGGUCAUAGAGGAGACAGAGCUGGGUGACGUGUCUGAGUAA